GGAAGUAUUAGUCGGUAAAAAUUUUCUGUAUACUUUGAAAUUUACAGACGACAUGUUUUGAAGGGAACGUUUCGGCGUCUCUCCUGAAGCUUUUUUGUAUUUGGAAUUUAUCCGCCUCCAUCAUGAAGCUCGUAAGAUUUCUUAUGAAAUUGAGCCACGAGACAGUCACCAUUGAACUGAAGAAUGGCACACAGGUCCAGGGCACCAUAACAGGUGUGGACGUGGCCAUGAACACCCACCUGAAGAGUGUCAAGAUGACCCUCAAGAAUCACGACCCUGUGAGCUACGACACCCUCACCAUCCGCGGCAACAACAUCCGCUACUUCAUCUUGCCGGAGUCCUUGCCCUUGGAGAACCUGCUCAUCGACGACGGACCGCGGGCCAGGAAGGGACGCGCUGACCGGGGCAGGGGUGUGGGUGGGCGAGGGCGAGGGCGAGGUGGCCGAGGCAGAGGUCGUGGUGGGCCGAGGGGCAGGGGGCGAGGUGGCCCUCCACGCCGCUGAUUACCUCUGCUGUCUCGUUAAGGAAGAGCAACAGCAACAGCAGCAGCAACUCACCCCAGUACAAAGGGAGGAAACUGUGGAACAAAGAGGGAGUGAGGGGAAGCACCUCUCCUGUAAAAGACAAACUCCCAUACCACAGAUUUUCUUCUACUUUUGUCUUAAUUCCUUCUUGUCUUCAGCCUGUCUGGGGAGGUUUACUUUCUUUUAUAUAAUGUAGGUAUGUACGUAUGUUUGAGACAGAUUUAUGGUCUCUCUCUCUCUCUCUCUCUCUCUCUCUCUCUCUCUCUCUCUCUCUCUCUCUCUCUCUCUCUCGCUCUCGCUCUCUCUCUGGAAGAAUUAUGUGCUGUUCUUUAAUCUUCAGUUGUGAUUUUUUCAUUGACCAAAAGUUAGGGUUUGAUUUUUCUUGUACUUUUUAUAACAUCCCACAAGUGCAGGAGGCUCAUUUGAGGAGCAGUGUAUAUCAGUCACAUGCUAUAUUUCAGCAUGAUUAAUAAAUAUUUCCCUUUUUUUUUUAA